GCGACGAUGAGGAAAAUUAUUUUGCUAUGAAUCACAGAGGCACUUGCAGAUUGAGAGAUAUUCCGCCAUUGUGUUUUAACUAAUGUUUAAAUUUAAUUGUAACAAAAAAAUAUAAGUAAUAGUCCCAAGUUGAUUAAAAGCACCUGCUUAGAACUUUGGUUCAUUCAGCGAACUGGAAAAAAAUAACAUGAAACUUCUAUAGAGGACAAGUACGACACUAUUUCGCAUUGAGGAUUUAUUCAAAGGACAUUCUCGUCUAUUACUCCGAGGUGUUUACCUCAGUGUUUUCGGCUCUUUAUUUUAGAGUGAGCUAAAUGAAACAAGUAUUUUUGAAUGAAUCUAUAUUUAGACGUUUGAAGAUGGUAUUAUAGCUGCGACAUUCUUCACAAUAAUAAUGCCUCGCCGCGUUGUAUGUUAUGCCAAUUGGCCGAAGCCUCUGAUUUUCUAAACCUAAACGUAUGCUAUUAAUUAUAUCUGUAAUUGGCAACGGAAAUUCAUUUGUCGCGAGGAAUUUCUCUUUUGAGUAUCGAGAAAGAUAAUUUAUGAUUGCAAUCAGACAUUUAUAAUCUGAGAGAGAUACCGCCAGCGUGAUAUCUUUCUUAUCGCAUUAGUUGACAUACAUGUUUACGUGUUGCCUUUUGUUUCGCGUCCGCGAAAAUGACUUUUCUAGCAGGAAGGGAUUUAAAUAAGCGUUUAUACGUUUCGCACGCGAAAGAAAUUUUAGCUAAGGAAUCAAAUGUACAAGAAGUAAAAUGUCCUGUAACGGUAUGCGGAGAUGUACAUGGACAGUUCCACGAUUUGAUGGAGCUGUUCAGAAUAGGUGGCAAAUCACCUGAUACGAAUUACCUUUUUAUGGGUGACUACGUUGAUCGUGGCUAUUAUUCGGUUGAGACUGUCACUCUGCUCGUAGCUCUUAAGGUGAGAUAUCGAGAAAGAAUAACCAUUCUGCGAGGCAAUCACGAAUCGAGGCAAAUCACACAGGUGUAUGGAUUUUAUGAUGAAUGCUUACGUAAAUAUGGGAAUGCCAAUGUGUGGAAAUUCUUUACGGACUUAUUCGAUUAUUUACCAUUAACGGCGUUGGUCGAUGGCCAAAUAUUUUGUUUGCAUGGUGGUUUAUCGCCGUCGAUUGACACUUUGGACCACAUACGUGCUCUAGAUCGCCUUCAGGAAGUGCCACAUGAAGGUCCCAUGUGCGAUCUGCUUUGGUCAGAUCCAGAUGAUAGAGGAGGAUGGGGUAUUUCACCACGUGGGGCAGGGUAUACCUUUGGUCAAGAUAUUUCAGAAACGUUUAAUCACUCCAAUGGACUAACACUUGUAUCACGAGCUCAUCAGUUGGUUAUGGAAGGUUACAAUUGGUGUCAUGACCGCAAUGUUGUGACUAUAUUCUCAGCACCUAAUUACUGUUAUCGUUGCGGAAAUCAAGCUGCAAUCAUGGAACUGGAUGAUGCUUUAAAAUAUUCAUUCCUACAAUUCGACCCAGCACCAAGACGUGGAGAACCACAUGUUACCAGGCGAACGCCAGACUACUUCCUCUAAAGAACUAGACUUCAGGGCUAAGUGUCAAGGUAGGGGAAUGGAAACGCGAUCCUGACUUUAUAGUGACGCCAGACAACAUAACUUACAAUAGAACAUCGCUAAAUGCGUGUGAGGCUCCGAUAAUGCCUUCACACAUACCACAUAUAGCCCCAAGUAUUAUAUCAUGGCUCACUUUGUGGUGUCUCAUUGAGAGAUAGAAUAGAUUACACGCACGUUCUGUGCGUGUCUUACAUGAUACAUGUAGACACAACAUUACUUGUACACUAAAAAGGAAAAAAUAAUACAAUAAUGUACACGUAUCGAUUAAAUUCACUUGUAGCAUUGAGUUUUACAACUUUUAUUAUAUCCGCUUGUAUUUUUAUUAUAAAAAAAAAAAACUGAAUAUAUAAUAAUGCACACGUUUGCGCGCAAUAGGUAGAACAAAAAAUAUCGGUAAAAUGGUAUUGUUUUGUAAUCUUGAAUGAAAAUACUAAAACUCGUCGAGAGAAAUUUAUAUCAACAAAACAACAUCGUGUGUAUUUUAAAUGAUCGUGCGUUUUAAACGAAGUUGAUUGUCAUACAAGAUUCCAGAAAAUAUACCAAAAUGAUCGUAAGUUAUAUUUAAGAGAGUGUCACGUUAUUAUUAGUGUGAAUGGAGCAUGAAAUGUUCCACUUGAAGGAAAUGCAAGGUGAGUUGAUGCAACAGUAAAUUGGCAUGCAUAAAUUGUGCCAUAUAAAGAUUCAAUAAAUAUAAUUUCCAAGUAGAAAGUUAUUAAAAGAUUUAAUAUGGCAUUACACAUACGAAUUCAUCAGAAUCAUGAUGAGCAAUUCGUUUCGUUAGAAUUACAGUCACAGUAUUUAUUAUUUCUAAGCCAAUGAAGUAGACAUUUUUAUUUAAAUGGCAUAGAAAUUCUGAAAAGGCGAAUGUAAAUCUUGUUCUCGUUGAUGUAGCUUUCUAUUAAUCCAUAAUAUUAUUUUUGCGAAAUAAUACGCGUUUGUACAAUAAAAGAAAAAUCGAUGAGAAUGAUAUCUACAUCCGCACUUUAAAUAUUUUUAUUUUUGUUUAGGCAAAAUGGUUAUACUUAAUACUUUAUUGUACAUAAAAUUUAGUUGCUUUAUUUUUCUAACAGUUGUAUUUUUAUAUCAUAAAUUUGUCUCGUAAUUGUAGACUGCAAUAUAAAAUUGAGUUACACUGGUUGAUAAUUAAUAAUUUAAAAAACUACGACACUUUUGCAUCAAUUCUAUCUGCCUUCUAAAGUGAAACACAUACUUUAUAUCGAGUGAAUAUAUGCAUUCAUGAUGGUUAAAUUAAACGGAAGAAAAUUGAUUGCUUGUAAACCUAUCGACGAUCUUUUUACUAAUAGAUAUAAAAUGAUGCUUCUGGUAAAUAAACAUGUGUAAUGCAAGCCAAA